CGGCGACGGCCAAUCAACGCGCGGGGGGGCGGGGCUUCGGGCGGAAGUGGGGCUGGGAGAGGUUGACCUCGGGGUCGGAAAGAUGGCCCAGAGGUUGUUGGUCCGGCAGCUGCUCUCCCUCACUCCCAGGGUUCAGCUCCUGCAGGGGCAGCAAACGCUUCCUGGCCCCUUGGUACCUCGUGCCCCACCAGCACCUUACCACAGGACCAUUGGCACCUCGGCAGGCUGCAGGAGCACCUUCAACGUGCAGGAUGACAGAGACUUCCAGGAUCGCGUGGUGAACAACCCCAAACCAGUUGUGGUGGACUUCCAUGCGCGGUGGUGUGGCCCCUGCAAGAUCCUAGGCCCCAGGUUAGAGAAGAUGGUGGCCAAGCAGGAUGGGAAGGUGCUGAUGGCCAAAGUUGACAUUGACGAUCACACAGACCUUGCUGUAGAGUACGAGGUGUCAGCAGUGCCAACCGUGCUGGCUAUGAAGAAUGGAGAUGUCGUGGAUAAGUUUGUGGGAAUAAAGGAUGAGGAUCAGCUGGAGGCAUUCCUCAAGAAACUUAUUGGAGUCUGAAAUAAAAGGGUGGCUGUACCUCUA